UUUUAAUUGCAUUGCUACAAACCAUGCCUGGUAAAACAGCUCAGAAGGGUGGCCGCCCCACCGGAAAGGGCAAGAAGAAGAAGCAGACUUUGAAGUUCACUAUCGACUGCACCCUGCCAGUGGAAGAUGGCAUCAUGGAUGCAUCUAACUUUGAACAGUUCCUCCAGGAACGCAUCAAGGUCAACGGCAAGACCAAGAACCUGACGACCAACAUCGUCAUUGAGCGCAAGAAGAGCAAGGUCGCUGUGACUUCUGAGAUUGCUUUCUCCAAGAGGUACCUCAAGUACUUGACCAAGAAAUACCUGAAGAAGAACAACCUUCGUGACUGGCUUCGCGUCGUUGCUGCCAACAAGGAGAGCUACGAACUCCGAUACUUCCAGAUCAACCAAGAUGAUGAGGAAGAAGAGGAGGACUAACUCUUAUGCCGACGCCACCCUGAUCAUCGCUGACAUCCUAGGUCAUGCCGUAGAGAACGUCCGUGAAUUCUUGGAUCGAGGAGCACAGGCACACAUGAACUCAUGCAAUGUGACAUAUGGAAACAAGACAUCCAGUUUCUGAUCUACCGUAUGUGAUGGUUGACAGGUGUAAAUAAAAAGAAUUUAUUUGCACGGCAACAA